AGGAAAAUCUUUUCAGGUCUGCAGGAUGGCAGAGCAUCUCUUCGCCAGGAUCUGACCGCAUUAGAAUGUGUUCAGCCCUACUCCAAUGAAGACUUUCCUCCCCUCAGGGUUGGAGACUUACAGCAUCAGACAAACUGGUACACAGAUGAACCUUCCUGUGGAAGUGAAAAGUGUGUUGUGAUGUAUCACCAACCAACUGCCAAUCCUGGCUUUGGGGGUCCCUACCUUUACCAGUGGAAUGAUGACAGGUGCAACAUGAAGCACAAUUAUAUUUGCAAGUAUGAACCAGAAAUUAAUCCAACAGCACCUGUUGAAAAGCUUUAUCUUACAAAUCAACCAGGAGACACCCAUCAAAAUGUGGUUGUUACUGAAGCAGGGCACCCGGACAAGCACGACCUGUGGGGAGCGCUGGGCAGGGCCGGCCACCACCACCCAGGCUGCUGGCUUCCCCAGGCGGAGGUUCUGCCUGGCGUCCUGUGUCUCCUCUUCACUUGGGAAUUUGCCCGUUCUGUGGGCAACAAAGAUCAGUCUGGAAAUGCAGCUCUGACUCACCUCUCCGCAGACUCAACACAAGCUCCAAUCCUGGGUUGUUCUCACAGCGCCAUCUUCGGUAUCCCCCCCUCCAAAAGCUUUUGAAAUGGGGCCAAACCAUAUUUGGUUUAGCAUAUUUACAUGUCAAACGAAAAACUGAAACUGUUUCACACAGUUUUAAUGAAUAACCUUAGUAAAUAAUUCUAGGUGGGUAAUUUUUAUCUUUCAAAACUAAGUAUUUUUCUUACCCUCUUUUUGCUCGUUUGAUAAAAGGGAAUCUGAUUCUCAAUAUGUAGGAUGUCUCAUUCCUCUGACUUCUUUCAAUUUUUUAUCUUUGUCUUAGAUUUCCUACAGUUUAUACCUAUGUGUGUAUGUAUACACAAAUUACAUAUAUACACACAUAUGUAUAUGGUUUUGUAUAUAAUUUGUAUUUAUCCUGCUUGUUCUCUGAGCUUCCUCAAUGUUUGGUUUGGUGUCUUUCUCUAAUUUUAGGAAAUUUCUCUAAUUUUAGAAAAUAUAUUAAGUAUAUUUAAUGUAUAACUAUAUAUAUACAUAUAUAUGAUGAGUAGCAGAACUGCUAAGAAGCUAAUGAAGCAUAACAUACAUGGCUGUUACUCCUAUGGGCUUCUUUCAAGCACAGGGAGAGAUCUUAAUAAUAUAGUCACAAGAUAUUACAAAAUUUAUAAAAUUAUGUCUUUUCACAGAAGUCAGGAAUUAUUUUUUCUCCUUUCUUCUUUUCAUACUUUCCUCUCAUCUCAGUGUUUCAGUUAUAAUUAUUGCUUCUAUUAUAGUAAUCUGAACAUAUUACCUUAUGACAACCAUUUAGAUGCCUCUCUAAAAAUUAAAAAGCCUUCAUUUAUUGUGUCGCUGUUUAAAUUAAGAAUAUAUAUUUAUUCCUAUGUAUUUAGAAAUAUUAUUUUAUUAAUGAAUUACUAUAAGCUACUAAGGCUUAUGAUCUUAAUUUUAGAUAAAAGCAACACAUUAUAAAAUGUUCUGAAAAUGAUGAUAUCUAAUUUGUAAUAUCAACAGCCCUAUAACAACAUAACAUGCUGAAAACAAGCAUAGGAGUUCUCAAUUUCUUUUUCAUUCUAAUCUUCCAAAAGAAAUGAAAUUGCAGUUAUAUAAACAGAUCUUUGAUCACCACAGUAACCAGCGUCUGGUAAGAGUUUUUCAGAAGCUCGUCAGGAUCACAGCCCACACACAUAUACUCGAAAAAAGAAAAAACAUAUAUAUAAAAUGCUGUAAGAUUUAACAUAAUUUAUACAGAAGCUAUUAGUGGGCUUUAUGAUGUUAAAGUAGUUAAUAUAUUUGUAGUCCUGGAUGUAGUUUUUGUUACCAACUACUAAAUUUAACCAACACCUAAUGAGCAACUGUUUUACUUUACAGGCCACUAUGUCAAGCACAAAAAUGGAUUAGGUAGAUAGAAGGAUAGAUAGAAUGAUAGAUAGAUAGAUUAUAGGCCUUUCUAAAAUUAUUGAAAAAUCUAAAUAAUAAGUUAAUAAAUACAGUUAAAUUUAAAAAAUAAAAAUAUAAUACAUGUUUUAAGAUAUAAGAAUUAUGAAACAAUCAUACCUAUAAAAUUUGAAAGUUAAUAUUUAUUAUUGCAUAUAUUUAUCAGAUACAAUGUGAUUUUUGAUAUAUUUAUACAUUGUGGGAUGCUAAAAUCAGGAUAAUUAAUAUAUUUAUCACCUCACUUAGCCUUUUUUUGUUUUGAGAACAUUUAAAAUAUUCUGCUAGUAAUUUUCAAAGUAUAUAGUAAAUUAUUAUUAACUAUUGUUAUUUCAUUGUAAAAUAAAUCUCCAGUACUAUAGACAAAGACUAUAAUGUAGGUAUUAUGUAUAUCUAAUUAUAAACAUAAAGAGGUAUGUUUUAUUCAAUUAGGUAGAUAGAUGAUAGAUGAUAGAUAGAUAGAUAGAUGAUAGAUAGAUAGAUAGAUAGAUAGAUAGAUGAUAGAUAGAUUUGAAUUAAACAAAUAGCCUAGACCAUGUUAUCUUGGGCAAGUUAUUGAAAUUCUUUCUCUCCCAUUUGUUAAAAGUAGAUUGCAAUAGCCACAUUAGUUUCAUUGCAUGAAUAAACAAUACAUGCAAAGUAAUCACAGACAUUGCCAUAUGGAUAUUGUUGGUUCAAACAUCAUUGUUAUCAUUAUUACAACCAAUAAAAAUGUAUUAGGAUACUUAGUAGUCAUGAGAUCACCGUUUCCAGGUAAGUCAGGAAAGCCUUCUAUGUUUAGGUGAACUAAAAAUGAAUGUAAUCACUGCAGGAACUUAAGAAUGGCUAGCUGUUUUGAAAGAAGUCAGAGGAAUCCAUUGGAAGAUAGAUUACUAUAGAAAGUACACUCUGGUUUUACCACAAGUUUGUAGUAUACUGAAGAUUUGUGUAUUUGUGUGUAUACAUGAAUUGAGGAGGCUGAGAGGGAGGAGUGCAAGUCACCUAUAAAUAACAGGGAUGACUUUUCAAAUUUUAGAGUUAAAAAAGCUACUAAAUGGAAACAAUGAAGACUAGACAAGAUUAAAUGGGUGUUCAUGAUUAAGCAAAUAAUUGAGUCUGUAUGGGGAGAAAAGGUAAGCAAAGGAGAAGCCUAAGUAAGGUCCAGGAUAUUAUGGAAUUACCUAAAGUGGUCUCAUGAAUACUGUUUUGUUCUCCAAACAUCCAAACACCUUUCACAUGUUAGAAUUUUCCUCUUUGAUGAAUAUUAAAAGACAAUGUUGUGAUAUUGCCAAGGAAAAUGAACUAUUGCAAUGUGUCAGACUGUUGUGGAGAGCAUUUUCCCGACAGUUUACAGGCUGUUAGUAAUUUAUAAUUCAUUACAGUUCUUAUGUUCUAUGAAGUUAAAUGAUGAGAGACCAAAUUAAUGUCUAACAAAAUGUAUUCACUUGAGUGUCCAUUCAUGUUUCUAGUACAUUGUUCUUCAUCUAGAAGAUAUUCAUUAACCAAGUAUAGUGUUAUUAAGCAUUGAAUGCAUUAUAAAAUAAUACAUUAAUGUCUACCUGCAUGCAUUAAGAAAUGUGUUGAACAGAGGUUUAGGUAGCUAGUACAACAAGGUACUUCAAAGUGCCUUUAUUCAGAAACAGAUUUCAACUGGGAAAGAAUUAUUACAGGGUACAUCUGUAGUGUUCAUGAAUCAAGAAAAGAGCAAAAUAAAUUCAUAAAAAAAUUUUUUUAGAAAGCACUUAGAUCUUUGAUUUAAUCUGUGAGGUUGAAUAAGUUCAUCUGUAUGUGUUUUUUGUUUGGCUAGGUAUGUUACUUAUACUUGAGAAAAAAUAAUACAUUUUUGAACUUUAAAUGUUACUUUUAAUGAUUUUCGUUAAUAAAAUUUAAAUGUAUAUAAUUCAAAUUCAUUAAUGAGUUAUUAUAAUGUAAUCUUUCAAUAUUCCUAUGCAUUCAAAUUUAUUAUAUUUUAUUACAGAAAGUUGCAAUUUUCUUCUAGAAUAUUACUUAGCAAGAUCUUUAUAGAUUUAUCCUCAUCCUUACACAAUGAAAGUUUUAACUAAUUUUUACUGCCUUUAAAUAUUUUAUUUUAUAUGUUAAAAUAUGUCGGUUUUUGUUAACAUGAGUAAUUUGUAUAUAUAAGAAUAAUCUUUAUUUUUCUUCCAAAUACUUAACCAGAUUAUCACAUUUGUUUUAUUAACAAAAAAUGCACAGUAAAUUUUCUAAUGGCAGCAAUAUUUUAUGUGUAUACUGUCAUAGCUAAUGCAUAUAGUGAAGUAUAUAUACAUAUAGUUAUCAAAAUAUAUGUUGUAAUAUGUGUAUAUAAUAAUAUGUAACUAAGUUUUGGAAACUUUUCUAAGUUUAUUAAUAUAUUUGUUUCUUUUAAAACUAAUAAAUGACAUUUCAUUACUGUACUCAAAAUUAAUAAUAAGUAAUUAUUAAAUAAUAAUUUAAAUGUAGUGGCAAGUUCCAAAAGCUUUUGAAAUGGGGCAAACCAGCUAUAGGCAUUAUGUGCAUUACUUCUUUAACUCUCAAAUAGUCCCAUGAACUAUGUUCUUAUUACCUGGAUUUAGAGAAUAAGAUGUUAAGAAUUGGAUAGAAGAGAUGAUUUAUAUCAGUUAACAACCUUCAAUAUAUUGGAGUCUGUACAUAAAUCUGGGUAUUCUGACUCUAAAGCUAGCUUGUUCCUUCUUUGUUUGAUUUUUUCUUUGUUUUUUAAAACAAUACUUCAUUCUUUAUUCUUUUUAACUGUCAUGGAAGUGCCAGGAUUAUUAAUUUUUUAUUUUUUUGAGAAAAUUGGAUAUUUUUCACUUUGUCAUUCUCACAUUCCAUGCUUACUAACCACCCUUGUUCACAAUGUUGUUGGUUUUUUUUUUGGUCACAUCUUUUUUUUUUUUUUUUAAUUUUUUAUUGGAUUAUAGGUUUUGGGGUACAUGAGCAGAGCAUGCAAGACAGUUGCGUAGGUACACACAUGGGAGUGUGCUCUGCUUUUCUUCUCCCCUUCACCCACAUUUGGCAUUUCUCCCCAGGCUAUCCCUCCCCACCUCCCCCUCCCACUGGCCCUCCCCUUUUCCCCCCAAUAGACCCCAGUGUUUGGUACUCCCCUUUCUGUGUCCAUGUGUUCUCAUUUUUCAUCACCCACCUAUGAGUGAGAAUAUGCGGUGUUUCAUUUUCUGUUCUUGUGUCAGUUUGCUGAGGAUGAUGUGUUCCAGAUUCAUCCAUGUCCCUACAAACGACACGAACUCAUCAUUUCUGAUUGCUGCAUAAUAUUCCAUGGUGUAUAUGUGCCACAUUUUUCCAAUCCAGUCUAUUAUCAAUGGGCAUUUGGGUUGAUUCCAGGUCUUUGCUAUUGUAAACAGUGCUGCAAUGAACAUUCGUGUACAUGUCACAUCUGUAAUGAUUCCUCCAGAACAUAAAAUUGGAACUUCUGCUGUAAGAUGUUUGCAGAUUUUGUAAUAGAUGAAUGUAAAUUGCAGAAAAGCUAUGCUUCCCUAGAAUCAACGUAGUUAUAGGACAUUGGCAUGAACCUCAUUAUCAACAGAGAAAAAUGGUUUUACAGUAACACAUCGUUCAGUAUCAGCACCAUCCAUGGGUUCAGCAAUGUAGUUGGAAACUAAUUUUCACUUGACAUGGGACUUUGCCACUGCAUGUUAUACUAUGUAGUGCGUCUAGGAAAGUGUAAGGCACUUAGCUAGUGCGGUAGCUUGAAUUAUUGAUUUCAAUUCUUCCUCCCCCGUAGCAGCAGUAUUAUGCAUCUAUAUGAAAUCUUUGACACCGGGGUUAGUCUUGUUGCUUGCUUUAGCGAAUUAGAUGUCUUAGAUAUGAAGUGAGUAGAAACUUGAAAUAUCCUUGUUAAUAUCCUGCAUUUUGACUGUGGAAAAAUGUGCCUCAGUUAGCUGCUGAAAAUGUUAACAGGUGGUAUCAGCCUGGACUCAACCUACAACUUGGAACCUAGACCAGUGGAGCCUUCCUUAUUAGAGUAGCCUAGCAACUAGCUACCCACAUAAUUCAGAAUUAUACAUUGGAUUUCCUAAUGUCUUUCUUCAGUCUCAUUCAAUUUGGAAUCAUUAUUCAGCCUUCAUGACCUUGACACUUUUGCAGAGUACAUGUCAUUUAUUGUGUAGAAUAAAACUCAAUUAGGUCCUUUUUGGUUAGAUUCUGGUUAUGCACCUUUGGUUAAAAAAAAAUUAGAGAGAUAAUUCUGUGUUCUUUUCACAGCAUUUUGUCAGAUGUUUGAUGAUAUUUACUUAGAACACUUGAAUAAUGUGUCGUUUGUCAAACUUCUUCACUAUAAAAUUAGUCUUCUCCAUUUUGUGAUGACUAGGUAUAUUUUUUAUAUAAUAUUUGAAUCUGUAUGUAUUUAUUCAUGUAUUAAUUUAUAUCAGUAUUUUUAAGGCAAAAUUAAAAUGGAAACCAAACUCAAAAAAUUCCUGAGCAAGAAAAACUGCCUAGGCUUUAAAAGUAAUAUUAAAUUUGCUUACAUUAAAAACAUAAGUGAAAAUUAACUUUGGUCAUUUCUUUAAGUACUUGUGUUUGAAGAAAACAAAACUUAACCUCAGCUAAUCAAAAGCCAGUAAUUAACAUAUGGUGAUGUGACUAGGAGAUUUAACAUUAAACCAAAAAGAAAAUUUUAUAACUAAAACUAAUCAAAUAAUUUAUUUAUUUUGCUUUCAUAUUCAUCUUACAAAUACUUUAAUAUUUUGUCACCAGGGCUGGUGGACUUUUUUUAGUUUAAUGCUUCCUAAUUUGUGAACUGCAGUCUAGUUGAGCAGACAGCAAUUGUCUAUUCAAUUUUUGUUAUGCCUUAUAUUUUUCUUACAUAGGAUAGGCUGACAGUUUGUACAUUUGGUCAUUCGGUUAUAAUGUAUGACUGUUACUAUUUAUUUUAAUGAUUUUUCUCAAAUUUUACCAAUAGGAGUGCCUUCAAACUGACUUCUGGGUUCAUUUGAUAUUUCUCCUUCAUUUUCCCCCUUCAGGCACUAAAAGAUAUUCCAGUUUUUUCUUGUACUUUUCCUGUCCUAAUCAAAUAAUCAGCCAUUUCUCCAAUACUACCUCUAAUAUUUUCUCUGCCUUAAGUCAUGUCUUAUGAAGAGAAAAGAUGUGCACAGUUACACCAAUUAGCUCCCCACACUUAUUUCUGCUUCCCAUGCUAUUUGACUGAGAUUCCUUCUUACUCAUAGACAAUAAAUUUAUUGACAGCAGAGCCAGCUCCUUUCAAGAAAGUGAUGCUACUGGUAUAACUUUCUAACACAACUUAAUAGGAGUUUGCAGAAUUUCUAUUUUUGUGACUGCUUUCUUCUUUUGCCAUUAUUCUAUCUUGUUCUUAAAAUCAAGUAAGCCUCAACACCCUGUACUAAACCUCUCUUUGAGGAUUGUGUGUGUGUGUGUGUGUGUGUGUGUGUGUGUGUGUGUACAUUUGGUCAUUGGGUUAUAAUGUAUGACUGUUACUAUUUAUUUUAAUGAUUUUUCUCAAAUUUUACCAAUAGGAGUGCCUUCAAGUGUGUGUGUGUGUUUGAAGAUAAAAUUUAGAAUUGGUUAAAAACCUCAAAAUUGUGUUUCUUUAUGUCCAUCAGAAAAGUUUUGGGGUUUCUUCUUAUAGAUCCUUGGAUUAUUUUCUAAGAUAAUCGCUGAUAAUAGCUUAUUUUUAAGGCUCUUCACAAUAAGAGUUUAAACAAACAAGCAAACCCUCUUUAAUUUGUUUAAACUGGUUUCAGAUUGAUUAGAGAAUUUUGAUAUUUUAAUAUCCCUUUUGAGUAUAACAUCGUUUGCAAAUAAUCUUUCCUCUGCUCAAUCUUGAAAAGUAUUUUGGUAUUACAUCUAGUAAAAUAUUAAGUAAUAAUGAUUAUUUUGAAUAUAUAGUUUAAUAUGCUUUUUAUUUGAACUAGAUACAGCAGUUAAGGAAGUAUUCUUUCACUACUGUACUAAAAGGUAAUUGCUUAAUUUCAAGUGAUAACAGUAUUUUUACCAUAUAUCUUUGGUUAAAGUAAUAAUUUUAUUUUUCUACCUGGAUUUAUUAAUAUUCUCCAAAAUAGACUUAAAGCUAGGGAAAAGGAUCUUCUCUUGCUUGAAAUUUUCUUAAUGGGAAAAGAGAUAUUACAGGCAAAGACAUAACACGUUAAAACAUAGCUUUUAGUUCAAGAAAACGGUAAAUACAGGAAACCUCUCUCUUUUGUGUCUUCUUUUAAGACACAUUAUAUGCAACCCAGUGCAUGAUAUAAACAAAUUAUUGUGCUGAGUGAGCAGAAGGAAGUAUUCCCAUACUUUACUAUUGAUUUCAUCAAAUUACUUAGAGUAUCAACAAAGAUAUUUUUCACUAUGUCUUCCUCAGCGGAGAAGAUUUGCCAAAAGUCAGGGACAGUCUGGUAUUUCCAUGUAAAAACUGCAACCAAUUCCAUCUUCAAUAUGACAGGUAAAAUAGGCAGCUCUACCUCUUAGAAAUGUUCAUUUGCUAUCUGAUCCAGAAGCUUCUAAAAAGACCAUAAGAGGAUAUUAAUAAAGUCAGUGUUAAUACUAUGCAUUAUACAUAUAUAUAUAUUUUAUUUUUGAGCCAGAGUCUCACUCUGUUUCCCAGGCUGGAGUGCAGUGGUGUGAUCUCAAUUCACUGCAACCUCCGAGCUGGGUUUACAGGCACCCACCAACAUGCCCAGAUAAUUUUUGUACUUUUAGUAAAGAUGUGAUUUCACCAUGUUGGCCUGGCUGGUCUUGAACUCCUGACCUCAGGUGAUCUCGGGUUCAAAAAAUAGUGGGAUAACAGGCGUGAGUUACCACGCCCAGCCACCAUGCAUUAUUUUAAGCUGAGCUUUUCUCCUUUUACUAGGUCAACUGCAUUAUCCAUCUAACUCAUUCAUUUUAUUAAAAUGAAUAAUACAUUUAAGAAUUCAAAAAAUAUGUAUUGUUAUUCUUGAGUCAGAUAUUAAAGAUAAGUAGAAAACAAAACAGAUAAUCCCUUUUUUUACAUGAGAUGUUUAUCUGCUGAAAUAACUGUUGGUACAUCUCAAAGAAAUUGAUAUCAACAGUAGCAAAAUCACUGAAAUAUUAAUUCUACCAUUUCCUGCCCAAUAUCAAGUAAUACCCAUUUUUAAAUUAUACAUUGGUGUUGAAAAUAUUAUUAAUAUAUUUAUGAAAGUCAACAUUUCUCAAUUUAAUCAUCUUCUCUUUCUUUAAUAGAAACUCUGUAAGAAAUACCAAAUCAAAGUAUCUUUAGCCAAAUACUACUUACUGUAAAACUUACAAAACUCUAGCAAAAGCAAGAGAAAAGCUUGUACUCAGCAUCAAAUGAAUCUAGGUGCUUCACCAUGAAAUAAUUUUCAACACAUCUUCUGUCAGAGUUUCCCAUUCCUUAUUGGCUUCAUUCUCCUAAGCACGUUUCCCACAUGUUAGAAAGCAAUGCCAGUAGCAGAAACUGAGCAGGCUUCUGCCUAGAGAAACAUGGGGGACCCAUUCUUAGUUUUGGAAAAUUGUUUAAUCUAACUUUGGUGAAAUCAAAAUCCCUAGAUCAAUCAAUAAAUCAGUCAAAGUGGUAAGAAUUUUUAAAGUGAUAAUUAUUAUAUAAAUCAUAAUUACACAUGUAAAUUCAAUGUGUCUUUGAAGGACAGCUGCUGGGCAAAGAAAGCAAUAUAUGUAUCCUGCACUUGUCUGAACCCCAGGUUAGUUAGACUUUCCAUCCGUAUAGCUUCAUUUUAGACUUUUAUUCUUUACAACAACGACUGACCCUUAAUAAGAAAACCCAACUUAGCUUACAAAAUUUAUCUAAACUGUGCUUCUCAAGCACCUCACAUUUGCCUAAUUCUAAAGAAGAGAAGGAUAUCAAAGCUCUAGCUCUGCACUCUUACAUUUCAAAUCAAUGAAGAAAAAUAUUGCUUCAAAUAGUAUCAUUCCCUAAUAUUUAAUAGAGAUUCUAUUUUAGAAAAUAGAAAGUCAUCUUAGUUUUGUACUAAAUCUAAUCAGUCCCUGCAAGCUGACUAGAUCUUAUGAAGAAAUUUGAAAAUCACAUAACAGAAGUCAUCCACCAGGACAUUAAUUAUGAUCCUUUCCUAUGCCCAUGUUUUCUGCAAUGACUUCUUUAAUGACAACUUCUUCUCAUUAAUUGACCUCCUGAAUAUUUGAAAUCACUUAAUUUCCAUUUCCUUUUCUAACAAUUUCAUGCAGGCAUCGCAAUGCAGAGACGAGCUCUUCCUGAGACAAAAUAUAAUUUCUAUAUUGACCAGGACACUCUAAAUUUAGGACAGGUCACUGUUAACAUCCCAGCUUUUAUUCCAUUCCCAUUUCAUGCUAUUCCAUCCACAUUGCUUCAAUCUCAGGAGAAGCUGAAGCAAUUUGUGGAAUGUAUUCUACUCAGUGUCUUUCUUCAUUCUCCUUCAUUUUUUCUCCUCCUGAAUUCGUUAGUCCAUAAAUUCAGUCUUUUGAAUAGGCUUCCCUCUUGCUGAACAUUUCUACCAGCUGGAGAAUCAUCAUGACCAGAUUUCUGAACUGAAGUUGCUUUCUUGAUAUGUCCAAUUUUUAUAACUGUAUGCAUCCAGUAAGAAACUACAUGUACUUAGCCAGGUGGUCCUCCCCAAAGCAUUUCCUUUCUUCAGCAUUUCAGUUUCCAAGGACUUAAAUAACUUGCAUGACAUCAGUGACUGCAAAAACAUUCCAAAUUUGCUACCUCCUUCACUAUAGCAAUAAAAUAUCCUUUUAAUAUUUAUUUAAUGUUUAAUUUUCUUCUGUUGUUUUGCUAAUCCUUUGAAGUAGACACAGCUGUUAAAGAUAUUUUUAACUUAAUUCUCAAUUUAUCCUUAGUCUACCUCUGCCACGUUUUGCAGGAUUGUAGUGUCUUUCUCUGUAUUUGCUUAUAGGCCAAUACACUGAUUUUUCUAGUAUUGCUUUGUGGAGUUGAGAGUUGGGAGUUGGCCAUUUCAGAGAGUUUGGCUGCACAUUCCCAUUAAGUUAGCCCUCACCUUACAUGCAAGGAUGCAAUGUAAAAAUUAUUCCAAUUAUCCAUGUCUAUAAAUUCUACUUAUAGAUCAUAGGUAGGGGGAAAUUAUCAGCCGAUCUGUUGACUCAGGUAACCCACUGUAAAGCAUGGUGCCACUUAUUAUUUCUUCCUGAUAAACCCCCACACUCACAGGAAGCCCAUGGUGACACAUGGGUCUCUGGAUAUUUAUGUCAUAUCAGGACAUUGUGUUAAACAGUUUUCAAAAUUUCUGUUCAUUCUGCUUUCCUCA